CUCCCAGUGAGAAUUCCUCCAUACCUGUCUGAACAGGGACAGCUGGAGCACUGUAGGCACAGGAAAGGAAGAGAUAACGCAAAGAGAACGGAAAAAACAACAAGCCGAAGGAGAGCACAGGCUGGAGAGACGUGUGCCGGAGACAUUUUUUUAUCAAGAGUCUUCAGAUUUGCUUUUUCUUUUCUUCCACUGCUGGGCUGUUUUUGAACUUUCUGGGACCCGUGGCUAUUUCGGUCCGUCAGCAUCAUUGCGGUUUAGGAUGGAUGCCAUCAUGCUGCAGGAAAAACUGGUGGAACGGCUGCUGUGCCCGAGAGUGAGAACGGCCAGACAGAAGGAGAAACAGUAUGUGGGAUUUGCUACGCUGCCGAACCAGGUCCACCGGAAGUCUGUGAAGAAAGGCUUCGACUUCACACUGAUGGUGGCAGGAGAGUCUGGAAUGGGAAAAUCCACUUUGGUCAACAGCCUCUUCCUCACAGAUCUCUACAAAGACAGAAAAUUACUGAAUGCUGAAGAGCGCAUCAACCAAACUGUGGAGAUCAUCAAACACACUGUAGACAUCGAGGAGAAAGGAGUGAAGCUCAAACUCACCAUUGUCGACACGCCGGGGUUUGGAGACGCCGUCAACAACAACGAGUGCUGGAAGCCGAUCACAGACUACAUAGACCAGCAGUUUGAGCAGUACUUCAGAGAUGAGAGCGGUCUGAACAGAAAGAACAUCCAGGACAACAGAGUCCACUGCUGCCUCUACUUCAUCCCUCCAUUUGGCCAUGGGCUUCGUCCGGUGGAUGUGGAGUUCAUGAAAGCUCUGCAUGAAAAAGUCAACAUAAUCCCACUCAUCGCUAAAGCUGACUGCCUCACGCCCAAUGAGAUAAAAAAGCUCAAAGACAGAAUACGAGAGGAAAUUGACAAAUUCGGGAUCAAAGUGUACCAGUUCCCUGAGUGUGACUCCGAUGAGGAUGAAGAGUUUAAACAGCUGGACAAAGAGCUGAAGGAGUGCACUCCGUUCGCUGUGAUUGGCAGCAACACGGUGGUGGAGGCGCGAGGACAGAGAGUGAGAGGCAGACUCUACCCCUGGGGGAUUGUCGAAGUUGAAAACCAGUCGCACUGUGAUUUCGUCAAACUGAGGAACAUGCUGAUCCGCUCCCACAUGCACGACCUCAAAGACGUAACCUGUGACGUCCACUAUGAAAACUACAGAGCGCAGUGCAUACAGGAGAUGACCAGUAAACUGGCUCAAGAUAACCGAAUGGAGAGUCCCAUCCCCAUUCUGCCGCUGUCCACUCCUGACGUUGAAACAGAGAAGCUGAUCAAAAUGAAAGACGAGGAGCUGAAGAGGAUGCAGGAGAUGCUGAACAAAAUGCAGCAGCAGAUGCAUGACAAAGACCAGUGAAGACUGUCAGAUCAGAGCUGUGCUGCAGCGCCACCUGCUGUUUCUCCCCUGCAACGACAGCCAGACGAGCAAACUGAAAUGUUACAUUUCUCCUCCUCAGUUUGGUGCUUUGUAUAGUUUGUCUGCCUGGAGGUUUUUUUUUUUUUUUUUUUUUUAAUUUUCUGGAACUAUUUGUUUUUUUGUUUUGAUCCCCUUGCCGUGGUCUUAACAUAUAUACUAUAAAUGCGUGAAUUAAUCUAUUCUGUGUAUCUAAUUUAUAAUUGCAUUGCUAAACUUACUGGAUAUAAUUUCAGGGUAUGUGCUGCGAGAUGUUUUGUAAAGAAAUGUAGGUUUUUUUGGUGAUGAUUAGAUUUGAACAUAUUGUUUUUUAAUAUGCGAUGGUGUGUUGGGCUGUGCGAGUGUGUGUAUUUCCUUAAAUCUCCUCUCAUAUCACCUUUUAUCCGUCCAGAAAGCUUAAAGUCCAUAAAACUCCGAUCUGUCCUUCAAAACGUUCUACAGUGGCUUUCCUCUAAUAUUAAUCCAUAUUUUGUUCUUGUUUAUUUUUUUGCUCAUAAUGACCCUCAUUGAACAUAUUUCAGGUAUGGCCAGUCAGAAAAAAAAAAAAA